GUUGCAGCCAACAGCAGCCAUGUUUUCCUCCUUACUACUCUUGUGUAAGAAAGAAAUUAUUCCUACCAUUUCAUUUCAUUAGGGAAAAAAAAGGGUCGGAUAUUUGGUAAGUUUAGCUAUAAUAAACCCCUUAAAACUCUUGGUCCUCCCCUCCCUGCCUCCCUCUUCACUCGCCGCUUCAGCUUUAAAAAAAAAAAAGCAAAAACCCUUUGCCUGUUGCUUACUUUUUAAUCUCUUCGCCUCCAACCAACUCAAUUCCCUUUCAGUAACACACUCACAGUAUGAAUACCUGCAGUGGAGCUAUCAUGGGUUCGAUUCAACAGUCUGUAUGGAUGAAAGAAUCUACUUUCCUUCCAAAAGGACCUUGUGUCGGUGGCGUUUUCCGUCAGGUGAAUCUCGGGUCACUUAAGCCUUGUAGGUUCUCUAAAAUUGAAGCUAGUUUGGUUACUGGAAGGCCAUCCUCCCCUGCUGUGCCGGUCACGAUUCCUGAAGGUAAUGGAAGCACCUUUGCAGACCCAGAAUUGGGAAAUAUUGAUCCUGAAGUUAGUGAAAUAAUAUACAAUGAAAAGCAACGACAGUUUAAAAGCUUAGAGCUUAUUGCAUCGGAGAACUUCACAUCCCGUGCUGUUAUGGAAGCAGUUGGUUCAUGCCUUACAAACAAGUAUUCUGAAGGACUUCCCGGCAAAAGAUACUAUGGUGGAAAUGAGCAUAUUGACGUAUUGGAAACACUUUGCCAAAAGAGGGCUCUGGCAGCAUUUCAUCUGGAUGAAAAUGAGUGGGGAGUGAAUGUUCAACCGUUAUCUGGUUCACCUGCUAAUUUUGAGGUUUAUACGGCUAUACUCAAACCUCAUGAUCGUAUAAUGGGGCUGGACUUGCCUCAUGGAGGACAUUUGUCUCAUGGAUUCAUGACUCCUAAACGAAGGGUUUCAGGAACAUCUAUAUAUUUCGAAUCUAUGCCUUACCGUCUUGAUGAAUCUACAGGCCUAGUUGAUUAUGACAUGCUUGAGAAAACUGCUACCCUAUUCCGCCCAAAACUUAUAAUAGCUGGUGCUAGUGCUUAUCCCCGUGAUUUUGACUAUCCCCGCAUGAGAAAGAUUGCAGAUUCUGUUGGUGCUUUUCUGAUGAUGGACAUGGCUCAUAUUAGUGGACUCGUUGCUGCUUCUGUGGUUGCCAAUCCUUUUGAAUACUGUGAUAUUGUAACUACUACAACACACAAGUCUCUCAGAGGACCCAGGGGCGGUAUGAUCUUCUUUAAGAAAAAUCCUGUUUUGGGAGUCGAAUUAGAAUCUGCCAUCAACAAUGCUGUUUUCCCAGGUUUGCAGGGUGGUCCACAUAAUCAUACAAUAGGAGGACUAGCAGUUUGCUUGAAGCAUGCUCAGUCUCCAGAAUUCAAGGCUUACCAAAACCAGGUUGUUUCAAAUUGCCGAGCUCUUGCUAAACGACUGGUGGAGCUAGGAUACACAUUGGUUUCUGGAGGGAGUGAUAAUCACUUGGUUCUUGUGGAUCUCAGACCAUUGGGUCUUGAUGGAGCCAGGGUUGAAAAAGUUCUAGACCUGGCUUCAAUAACCUUGAACAAGAACUCGGUACCAGGGGACAAAAGUGCACUUGUGCCUGGUGGCAUACGAAUUGGUGCGCCAGCCAUGACAACUCGUGGUUUCACCGAAAAAGAUUUCAUUUUUACGGCUGACUUGAUUCACGAAGGGGUGCAGCUGACACGUGAGGUCAAACAGUCUGUCAAUGGAACAAAGCUUCAAGAUUUCAUGAAGUUUGUAGCUUCUUCAGAUUUUAGCUUCUCAGAUAAAGUUUCAGAGCUAAGAAAUAGAGUUGAGGCGUUGACAACCCAGUUUCCGAUCCCCGGUUUGUGAAAUCUAGAAUGAAACCAAAACGGCUACAUAUUAGGAUAAAACUGAUGCUCGAAGUAAGCACUUGGUGUUGGAUGUUGUUUGUCAAGUAUCUUGAGAUGUUUUGAUCAGAAGUUCUGUAACUUAAAUUUUUGAGGUCUAUUAAGUUUUAAUCCUCCAAGAGGUUAAUGUUGUCUUA